AUGCGUAUCUCCCAAUGGCUAUCAUCAUCAUCAUCCACCACGAUAUAUACGGCCUUCCCCCCAUCGACACCAACCCUGCCGCUCACCAGGCCCACCUCGACCUCGACUGCCUCCCCUCUAAAUGCCUUCCACGAGCAGUUCGCCCGCCCCGGCGACAUCAUCUCUGUCCUCCUCCUGCUCGGUAGUGUGGUAAUGCUCGGCAGAGACGUGAUCCACCAGGCCCUCGCACAGCUGUCGGGGGGGUUCAUCACCCCCGUCGCCUUCUCCUUCGGGUGGAUCACGUACGCAAUCUCCGCGCUACUCGCGGCCAUUGGAGCCAACAAGCUCAUGCCGCUCCCCGACGCGACCGGCUUCGUGGUCAACUCGCGCAGUCGCUACGGCCGCGAGAACAGGUCGUGGAUCCUGGGCCGCAUCAUCCGCGACUACGUGUUCUGGUGCGACCCCCGCAUCGCCGUGGAGGAGGAUAGGUUCCUCAAGGCGGAGGCAGAGCGGCGGUCGAAGCUGCCGGCGGGGGAGGAGCAGAAGUGGAACAAAUAUCCACCGCGGAUCGGCCUCUCGAUAUCCGUCUACGAGGCGAGCAGGACCAAGACGGCCGGCGUGCCCGACAAGGACUGGGUCUACUACACGGGCAUCCUGUGCGCCUUGGUACAGCUCGGGAUCGCGGCGGUGCCGUGGGGCCUGUGGGGCGACUGGUCGAUCGUGCUGAUGACCGGGUGCGGCACCGUGCUGGCCUUCGCGUCAGGGGCGCUGCCGCACUGGAAGGCGGAGAAGUGGUCGUGCCGGAAAAAGUCGGGCAAGACCGUGUCACUGACGGCCGGCAACGGGACGAAGCACCAGAAUCCGUGGUUCCUGCUGUUGAUCGGCGUCCUUGGCAUGGCGCAGAACGUGAUUGUCUGCGCCGCACCGCGCACACCCGGGGCCUUUGGAGUCCACCUGGAGUUCAAAGAGGCCAUUGCCCGCGACAAGGUCAUGAAGGCGCUGAUGGACCUGGAGAACAAGUACCCGUACGUGGGCAGAUCGCUCGUCGAUACGUACUUUCCCGGGAGCAACCUGCGGCCCGACGAGGAAAAGUUCUGGAAGGAGGCAAAGGUGAGGGCGGAGGAAGCCCUGAAGAGGAGGGAGGAUUGA